AUGGAAACAGGGCAGCCCCCGGCCGAUGCCAUCAAUCAGAGCGACCUGGACUGGUUGGUUGCGAGACUGGGUCACUACAGAGAACAAUUGUCGAAGAUACAAGUUUUGAUGGAGGAAUGGCAAAUAUUGUGCUUGUUGGAUAUUUCCGCCGGCGGGAUCAACGUGACGCGGCUGGCAUAUAUAUUGAAUGCACAUGCGGUCGAGACCAUCGAAAAAGACCAUGACAUCCAAUGGGAAGACGUGGUAAAUGUGGCUAAUGCGGUGCUCAAGGAGCCGGUUUUCGAAGUCACGCAGAAGAGAUGGUACGAUGCUGGGUGCCUUUUUCUCCGGCUGAGCUAUGUUCGCGCCAUGUGUGAAAUGAAAUUCCCAAAAUUAGAGGCUGGUACACCAAAGGAAAUACUCAAGGAUCACUGUCCUGCACGCCUAGAGGCCGACAUGAAUGUCUACCACCCCGUCAGCAGCGCUAAAUACCUGCUCUUCGGCUGGGUCAUCUUGCAACAAUACUUCCAAAAGGAGAGCGAGGUGUUGCCACACACUUAUCAAAUGGCCGCCAUCGAGAAAGAAACCUUGGAGAAGAUUGCAGGAGACCCGGAAGCCUGUAAGUCGGAACUACGAAAAUUGGCGGACGAGGUCGGAGGUCUGAACCAAAAAAUGAGAAGCGAACUUGUGCCCAUAGAGCUCGAGUUGCACAUGGCAAAGUCCCAGGAAUCUUUGGACUAA